AUGACACCCCGAACGAAAAACUACCGUCCACCCCGUCGAAGGCCGGCGCAUCUCCGCACGAAGACUGGCUGUCUCACAUGCAGGAAGAGGAAGAAGAAGUGCGACGAGACUCCCGGGACAUGCUCGAAUUGCGCCCGACGAUGGCUUUCCUGUGAAUGGCCUGCGGACCUAUGUGGCAAUCCAAAACAGACCAGAUCUGAACACCGGUCGGCCAGCAAAGCCCGUUCAGAGCAUUCCCCUCAACCUUCUAUCAAUGAGUGGCAUGUUAAACAGCAUGGACUCGAGGCAGACAAUGCAGCCAGCGCGUCUCCCUCUUGGGAUACUGAAGGAGGAAGCGAUGUGCUUCUUUCUCCCACCAACACUGAUACCCCAAGUAGCCAAAAUGACUAUACGAUGACUACCCAAAGCAGCCCUUCCUCGAUCCUCAAUUAUAUCUCCCCAUUGUUCUGUCUAUCACCCGCCAUAACUCCCGACAGCGCGCCAUUGUUUGAAUUCCUAAGGGCUGUGUUUCUACCGCAGUUAAUCCGACCAAUGGCCCUUGAUACUGUCAUCAGAUCUGCCGCCGAUGAUUCAUUGAUGUUGGCCUUACGUACCCCCUUCUACAUGCAUUCCCUUCUCGCAUGCUGUGGCGCAGAAAUACCGGUGGACGACAUUUACUCACAGGUCCAUUUCCAGAAGCUGGCCAGCAUGCAUUACGUCAAAGCGAUAUCAGGACUACGCGAAAGCCUCGACAGUGGUAUGUUUGAUGCUGCGAACACAGCAAUCAUUCGAACAUCCAUGAUGUUGUGUAUCUAUGAGAGAUCCAAACCUCGGCUCUCAAGGGGCGUGGAUGCCCAUAUACUGGGCCUCGCGCAAUUGAUACAGUUACGCUUUCAAGAUGACCAAACAACUCCCAUGCUGCAAUCCGAAAGGGAGACCAACAUGUCUCGUGUAAUACUAGAAGCCUUCAUAUUCCAUGCGACAACGAGCAUCCCGUUUCAACAAACGAUUAAGCCGCCCGAGCCUGUCGAAGCCGCCCUUUCCCUGGCUGAAACUAAACUCCAAGAAAUGUACAAAUGGAAAGUACCGGUGUACCCCGAGUCGCCGGUGCUCGGGCGCCGCCGAAGCUGCAUCGAUAUCGCAAGAUGCCAUGAGCUCCAACAGCUAUUAAGCCACUUCAGUCAUUGUGGGGUUGAUCAGCCGCAGCCCUCGCCCGAGAGCGAUUGGCUGGCCGCAACUACACAUACACCGCUUCUGCUAGGCCCAAGACUAUAUAUUGUUGUUUCCAAGAUACUUUUGGAGCACAUGAUCAAUAGCAACUCGGCCACAGCUGACAGCUCUCUUCAGGAGUUGGUCUGUGAAGGGAUGAGUUUGGUCAGCAAGCUCGACCCGUCCACAGACUAUUAUGCCGAGUAUUACUGCUGGCCCAUGGUCGUCCUGGGAACCUAUACAACAGACGACGCACACCGAGAUUGUCUGUUGUCCCAAGCCAUGGCCUUUUGGAAGGCAACGAGGAACGGGACGAUGAGGCGGUUGGUGGAUAUGCUGACGACCUUAUGGUAG